GUGUGUUAUCUAUGUAUAACACGAUAAUGUAACUAUCGGUUUGUUGGGGCUUAUCGUGUUAUUGACAAAUAGUAUGUCAUGCAGUGAAGAGACAUAUAUUAUCAAAAUAAUUUCAAAUAAAUUAUGUAAAUAAUAUAAACAGGAUCAGAAAAUGUUUUGAUCUAUAUGAAAUCGUGUUUAUUGGAAAAUUAUUAGGAAAUAACAAUGGAGGCGAAUUCAUAUCAGCAGAUUACACAGAACAAUGAAGUGUCCAUUGAGAUGGAUUUACUGCAAGUGGGCUCGGAGCCGGUUGGUAUGAGAUGCCCAUAUUGCCAGGAGGACGUUAUGACCAAAGCACAUUACAUCAACACAUCUUUGACGCACAUUAUAGCCUUGGUACUAGGUAUACUUUUCUGGUGGUUAUGUUGUUGCAUUAUACCGUACGCCACUAGAAGGUGGAAAAACGUGGAGCACUAUUGUCCGAAUUGCAGAAGAUUCUUAGGGAUAUAUUCAAGAAACAAGUUAUUUUAAAUUUUAGGACGUUAUUUUAAAAUUAUUUUACAUAUUUUCAAAUUUUUAAUGUGCUUUUAUCUUCAGCUAUAAACCAAAUAUUUAAAUGAAAUAGACUAUUAUGAUAGAUUUAUAGUAAAUUAAAUUAAGCGAUUAAUAAAAAAAAUCUUUAUUUCCAAUCUUUUAUGAAAAAGUUGAAAUAAAAUAUGAACAUAUAUAAUUA